UGUCACAAUCUGACUUGUGGAUAUUAAUCUGGCCACAGCUGCUCACAAACCAGAUGGCAAGGUCAAGAGGACCAGCACAGUAAGAUGUGGAAGAGAAUCGACCAUCAACCCAAGAUCAAAGCAGUGGAUGGACCUCAGGCAGGCCAGUUCAAGGAACUGGGUGCAGCUUGGGAACCUGCCAUGCCACACCCUCUAGAGCUGUCAGAAUUCCAGAGCUUCCCUGUGUUUGAGGAUAUUAGCCAUCACAUCAAAGAGGUGGGGGCCCAACUGGUAAAGAAAGUCAAUGCCAUCUUUCAGCUGGACAUCACCAAAGAUGGGAAGACCAUUCUGCAGUGGACCAUUGAUCUGAAGAAUGGCUCUGGGGACAUGUAUCCCGGAUCCGCCAGGCUUCCAGCUGACACUGUCUUCACAAUCCCGGAACCUGUCUUCAUGGAGUUGGUUUUGGGCAAAAUGAACCCUCAGAAGGCUUUCCUUGCUGGCAAGUUCAAAGUGAGCGGCAAAGUUCUGCUUGGCCAGAAGCUGGAGAGAGUUUUCAAAGACUGGGCUAAAUUUUAACAUGUAAAAUACCAAGGAAAUGAUCAUAACUUCUCUUUGGUUAUAAUGUUGAGCGGAAAUCAUGCUUAAACUGAAGAUUAAAACAAAAAAUAUCCAAUAUUUUUACUCAAA